AUGAUACAACGGCAUCUUAAGAACACCAUCGCUCGCCUCAUACACGCCUCCCAUGGCAUUCAACUCCUCCAUCAAAUCCACUCCCAAAUCCUAACCUCCCCGAACCUUUCCUCCCACCACCGAUCUUUCCUCGUCUCCCGCCUCCUUCUCCAGCUGUCCGCCGCCGCGUCCUCACCGCUCUCCCUCCCUUAUGCCGCCAGGAUCUUCGCCCUUAUCCCCAACCCUUCCCUCUUCGCCUACAAUGCCAUCAUCCGUGCAAGUGCCACAAAGUCAAGCGGCCGCCAGUGCUUCAUCCUUUACAGAUCCCUGCUCCGUGGGGGCCUGCUACCCGACUCCAUUACCCUCCCCUUCGUGCUCAAAGAAUGCUCCAAGAGGGCCGAUAUGUCCUCGGGCCGCGCCCUCCACGCCCACUCCUUCGGCCUCGGAUACGAAUCCAAUGUCUACGUUCAGAAUUCUCUGAUAGCCCUCUUUUUGAGAGGCGGGGAGCUUGACUCGGCUGUGGAACUGUUUCGAGAGAUGGAAGGUAAGAACAUCAUCACCUGGAACUCCGUCAUAACAGGCCUGGCUCAGGGCGGGCGUCCGAGGGAGGCCCUCGACAUUUUCCGCGAAAUGCAAGAGAAAGGGAUUCCUGAUAAGGACGUGUUGGCGUGGACGGCCGUGAUCUCGGUUCUGGCGCUCAACGGGCUUGGGCACGAGGCGCUUGGGGUGUUUGCUGAGAUGGAGGGCUCUGGUGUGGGGCCCAAUGCUGUGACAUUUGUGGCCUUGCUGUCGGCAUGCGUCCACUGUGGGCUCGUGGAUGGGGCCCGGCGGUGCUUCGACCGGAUGAAGCGGGCCUACGGUAUCAGACCGGGUCGGGAGCACUAUGCUUGCAUGGUGGAUGUGUUGGGUCGAGCUGGGCUUUUCUCCGAGGCGGAGGAACUCAUCGGGAGCAUGGCGGAGGAGCCUGAUGUGUACGUGUGGGGGGCGUUGCUCGGGGGCUGCCGGCUGCACGGGAAUGUGGGGCUGGGGGAGAGGGUGGCUCAGAAACUGAUCGAGUUGGAGCCUGAGAACCAUGCUUUUUACGUGCUUCUGUGUGAUCUUUAUGCGAAGUGCGGGAGGUUUGGGGAUCGGGAGAGGGUUAGGGGUUUGAUGAGGGAGCGGGAUGUAUGGAAGACUGUGCCCGGGUCGAGUGUGAUAGAGGUGGGUGGGGUCGUGCACGAGUUCUCGGUGGGGAUGUCCGGUGAGGAUUUGGAGGGUGUGUUGAUGGCGUUGAGUAGUGAGAUGAAGAUGGAAACUGAGCUGCCUAUUCCUUGGGUAAUUCAUGGAGAAGAUACCGCUAUACAAUUACAACCCGUUUUUGCUCAAUGGAUACAAAAUACCCAUGCUUUAGCCCCCAGCGCAACGGCUCCUGGUGCAAUGUCAAGCACCGGUUUAACCUGGGGUAGUGGUGAUUUAGUAGCAGUGGGCGGCAAGGUGGCUUUGUUACCUAUUCCAUUAGGAACCGCGGAUUUUUUGGUACAUCAUAUCCAUGCAUUUACGAUUCAUGUCACAAUUUUGAUACUCCUGAAAGGUGUUCUAUUUGCUCGUUGCUCACGUUUGAUACCGGAUAAAGCAAAUCUUGGUUUUCGUUUUCCUUGUGAUGGACCUGGAAGAGGUGCUUCAGAUUCGUUCAUCAUCACCGUCGACCGCACUCCAACAGCGGAUAGCCAUUGCUUGCAACCCAGCGUGUCCUUCUGGAUAGACUACCAUCAAUUCGACCUUGUCCACUUCUUUGUGGCAUCAAAGACGGAGAACAACAUCAGAUCUGCAAAUUUAAAUCAACCCUCUUCUUCGUGGUUGAUGGCCUGCCACUCGCAACCCACCGUCGCUGGUCGCCGAGACACACAUAAUCAGUAUGUGGUCCAUUUGUCAUGGUUUUAUAGAGUGCGGAUCUAG